ACAUUUGGACAACCACGAGCAAGAGCAACUAACGGGUGGGCCCACCCGGAAGCGACUUGCACAAGUCGCCAGCCGGGCCACCCCCUUCGCCUACCUCCCCUGCCGGCGCUCAGAUCCGCCGCCCCGCAGCACCCUCCCGCGCCGGCAGCAACCACGACAGACAAGCAGCCCGGCGCGCGGCUAGCUCACACCCUUCGCACCAUGCCGGGUCUGGUCGCCUACUCGGGCCUCGGUCUAGGCCUCCUGGCCCUCGCCGCGCUCGAGUCACUGCCCCUCCGCGUCCCGCCGCUCCGGUCCCUCCCACGCCGCCUCACCACGCCGCUGCACCUCCGCCAUCUCCUCGCCGCGGCCGUCUCCGCGCUCUGCCUCAUCUCCGCUCUCGUCUCCGCGCACCACCUCUCGCUCCCCACGCUCGCCGCCUCGGCCCUCUUCCUCCUCUAUUCCCUCGCACCCUUCGCGCCGCUCGCGGCGCCGCUGCCCUCCCCCCUCCUCGAUCUCCUCCUCGCCGCCGCCUUCGCGCAGGAGCUGCUUCUCUUCGCGCACCGCCGCCCCUCCACCGCGGCUGGGAUCGAGAACCGGUACUUCGACCUGCUCCUCGUCCCCAUUGCGCUCUGCCUCGGCGCCACGCUGCUCGCCGCGCACCGGCCAGGGGAGCCCGCGCCGCGGAUCGCCCGCGCGGCGGGCCUGGCGCUGCAGGGUACGUGGAUGCUGCAGAUGGGCUUCUCCUUCUUCACCAGCGCCAUCGCGCAGGGCUGUGCGCUCCACGCCGCCAGCCGCGCUGACUACACCAUUAAGUGCCGCACCCACGAGGAUUACCACCGCGCGCGGUCCGUCGCCACGCUGCAGUUCAACGGACACCUCGCACUGCUUGUGAUCGCCGGCGCGGCCGCUUACGCAGCAGUCCUAUCCAGGUCAAACCGACCUCCGAGCGGGUACAGUGCUCUGGACAAGGAGGUCCAGAUGGAGGGGAUGCCGAUGAUGUCACAGUUCACACUGGAUUCGGAUGAGGAGAAGGAAGAGGAAGUGAUCACCUCUACAGCAGCUCCAGUGGCAAAUGGCGGGGAGUCCCAUGACGAGAUCCCACUGCACGAACCAGGUUCCAAGUGACGGAGAUGAAAUCUGGGCUGUUCUUCUGUCGAUUAGCCAAGUGGAGGAGGGUGUCGACAGAGCUGGCACACUGGGGCUUCAUGUUUGUGUGUUUUGGUACAUCAUUUUAAUAUGGGUUUCACUUUCUGAUAUUUGGUUAAUAUGUGGAAAGAAAUCUUGCUUAGUUUGAUCUGCAUAGAGUUUAUAUCUGUGAAAUAUUGUAAUUUGUUGGGUUCAGAACUUCAGAUAGAUCUUUCAGAAAUAAAGUUAACACACUUGGAGAUCA